AUGGUAUCUCUGCGUCCGAAAGGAAUCGUUUCAGCGCACCUGUGCUUGGCCGUGGUUAUCGCAUCAGCUUGGAUGUCAUUGAUGAGACCCGUGCGAUGUGACAGCGGCGUUUUACACCGUAGCAACGGGGAUCGUAUGCUUGACAGCGGCGGCGUUGUAGGCAUAGACGGGGGAGAAGAAGUGUUCGGACCGGGCUUGGGUGAUAAUGAUGGGAACGCGGGCGACGUGGAAUCCCCGCGCUUCAGGAGAGCACUAUCCCAAGGGAAAGUGUCCCUGCUCAGCAGCUCGUUCGUGCUCAAAGGGGAUGCCACUCACAACCAGGCGAUGGUGCACUGGACGGGGGAGAACAGCAGCGUAAGUACCCGUCCCGUCCCGGUUCCAUUCAGUCGCGAUGUAUCGGGUUCCCUGCUUGUAGCCUACACAACCCACCAGUCACCAAGACAGCCCAUGCCAAUUGACACAAGUUAUUGUCAAUGCAGUAGCUAUACAUGCGUUAAUUAUUUUCCUUCAUAGUAUUGCGCAUUGCAUUGAAUCCCUAUGUAGAAAAAAAAAAUAUUCGAGUGCGCAUCUAAAAGGAUAGGCCAAUGGUCUGUGUUUACAACAGCUACUUUUCCUUUUGUGUGUCAUGCCCGGACUGGUGAGAGAGAGAGGGCAUGAUUAGGUGCGGAGAAAUGCGCCUGUCUUUUGUUUAGCUGCACAUGAUCUUGGCAGCCUGUUUGAACGGCGCGCACACUGGUUAGUGUUGUUGCCUGACAUUGUCAUAUGAUACGAAAGUGUGUAAAUAAUAUGUAUUGGUAUCAACCUUGAAUGAACGGUAUUUGUUCCAACAAAAUGAAUGCUGCAUAAUUAGAGGGUUAUAACCUAGUUUAAUUGACAUGUAAUUAAUUGACAUCUGUAACUGUAUAUUUUGUGCUUCCCAAGGCCGAGGUCAAGUCAGAGCAGGCCAAUGUAAACAACAUGAGAGGGGGCUUUGUGACUGGGUAG